CUUUGCAGACUGGACAAAUACAGACCAAAGAACGGAACAGAGGUCAAAGAUUUCACCUUUGAAGCCCAUAUCUACUUUGAUGAUGCCUUCCAACAUGUUGAGGGGAGUCGAGAGCGCCACCUCAAUGAAUAUGGAGAGAACCUUGUGGAGAUCAUCGCAGAGGUUUAUGGCAUCUUCAUGAGCAUUGAUGACAAGUUCUUCAAGAAGCGGCAGCAAAUCCCUGAUCAGACCAUCGUAAGAACACCGUAUGGAGGUCGGCUGGUUGUCACCAUGCCUCACGGGAACAACAUUGUGGUUCACUUCAAGGAUAAAGAACUCAUCCGCCACAAGAAGAGAUGGUCUCAGAUCAUGUACCUUUACUAUCUUCUGGGCUAUAAACUCAUGACCAAAUAUUACUCAAGCUGGACGAGAGGAGAUGAUGAGAAGGAGUUGAAAGAAAUGGUCCAGAGAGAGAAGCACAACACCUACCUUCUGGCUUUAGAUGGGGAUACAGACUUCCAGCCCGGGGCUGUGAUGCUGCUCAUCGACCGUAUGAAGAUGUACCCUCGAGUCGGGGCAGUGUGCGGCAGGAUUCACCCCACCGGAUCAGGUCCAGCAGUUUGGUUCCAGAAGUUCGAGUACGCCGUCAGUCACUGGCUGCAGAAGACAGCAGAGCAUGUGUUCGGAUGUGUGCUGUGCAGCCCCGGAUGCUUCAGUCUGUUCAGAGCAGCGGCGCUGAUGGACGACAACGUGAUGAAGAGAUAUUCAACCAAGUCCAUGGAGGCGAGCCACUACAUCCAGUACGACCAAGGUGAGGACCGCUGGCUUUGCACUCUGCUGUUGAAGCAGGGCUGGAGGGUGGAGUACAAUGCAGCCUCUGAUGCCUACACCAACGCACCAGAGAGCUUCAAAGAACUCUACAACCAGCGCCGGCGAUGGGGACCAUCUACAAUGGCCAACAUUGUGGAUCUGCUGGGUGCAACCAACCUGAUCUCCAAGAGGAACCCGUCCAUGUCCAGAGCUUUCAUGCUUUACCAGCUGUUUGGUAUCAUGUCAGGCACUCUGGCUCCUGCCACCAUCUGCCUGUUGCUCGCAGGUGGAUUCUCCCUCAUCUUCGGGAUUGAUUCUGCUAGUGCUCUGAUCAUUGCUGUGAUUCCUCCUGCCAUCUAUCUGGGUCUUUGCUUCCAUCUCAAGUCAGACACUCAGAUCGCUAUAGCAGCAAUCAUGAGUAUCAUUUACGCAUUCCUUAUGUUGGUGGUGACGAUGACUAUUGUUGCAUCAAUGGUGGACAACUUGGUGUCGCCCAGCAACAUUUUUGUUAUCUGCAUGGCCAUCAUUUACAUAGUCACCGCAAUAAUGCAUCCUCAGGAAUUUAACCUGAUCUUCUAUGGCUUGCUCUACAUCAUCUGCGUCCCCAGCGCCUACCUGCUGCUCACCAUCUACUCCAUGGUCAACAUGAACAAUGUCUCUUGGGGGACAAGGGAGACGAAGCCUGUCGGUGGCACUGCCCCACCUGCAGCAAACGUCCCGCAAACAAAAGCACAGAAAGCCAAAAGUACCUUCCACCGGCUCUUCUCAUGGGCCAGAUGCUGCUGCAAGAAGUCCAGCGAGAGAUCUCAUGAUGAACGAGUCAUGAGGAGCCAGGAGACCAUGAUCCCGUCACAGCCUGAGCCUCUACCCCAAAACACGAUUGUGGAGGACAUAAGUAUCUCAGAAGCAGAACAGAGACAAGUGGCAACUGUUUUUGACAAUCCUGUUCAAAGUUGGGUCACACAACUACAGAAUGUGUCUGACGAUAUGCGACUGCAGGAGAACUCACUCGACCAGGAGGAGGUGGAAUUCUGGAAAGAACUGCAGGAGAAAUACCUGAAACCUCUGGCUGAUGACAAAGAGAAACAGAAGAAGAUUGCCAAUGACCUGCGAGAGUUGAGAAACAAGAUCAGCUUUGCCUUCUUCAUCGUGAAUGCUUUCUGGCUGGUGGCAACUUUCACCCUCCAGGUCUUCAACGAUAUCUUCGCCAUCAGGAUCCCGGAGGUCAACAUCAACCUCGAACGCACUGGUGAAACCAUCAACAUCGAUCCGAUUGGCCUCAUGUUCAUUCUGGGAUUCGCUCUUUCGGUUUUGCUCCAGUUCUUUGGCAUGUUGUACCACAGGAUCUGCACUCUGAUUCAUUACGUUGCCUUUACUGACACUGAGCCCAGAGAGAAGAAACCUGAAGAAGAGCAGCAUCUAUAUACGCAAGACAAAAAAAAGGACAUCCAGACUUCCAGCGCAGACUCAACGUACGGCUCCCAGCAGGACUCUGACACUGAUGAAAGCGAUGAUGAUGACGUGUUGUACAUGAGGCAAAGUACUGAGACUUUGGUGUAAACGCUAUUUUGCACAAGAAAGCACCUUUGUAGGACUUUGAAGUAUCCACUGUGUGUGAGAUUUUACCAAAACUGUCCUUAUUAUCACAUGUAUUAUUUUGUUUACAUUUGGCCACGUGCAAUUUAUUUACAAAACGUUUUCAUUGAAUUAGCAAGUUUGUCACAAUGUGUUUCGCAGAAAUCUAAUGUGCAUAUUAAGGUUAUAUAUAUAUAUAUUUUAAUUCUAAGAAAGUGUUUGCAAUCAAAUGAAGACAUUAGGUUUGGUGUUUUUACAUGUUAUUUAUAAAGGAUCUGAAGUUUUGUUACACUGUGAAGUCUGCACUUGAACACUGGAAAUCAGGGAAGUCUUAGGUCAGGGAUUUUGAAUGUCAUUGUUUUUAAACAUGAAGUAUUGUAUUAUAUUACCAGGUCAGCACACGCAGUAGGAUGUUUUCUGUUGUGGCAUCACUUGUCAUUGUGUUCAAGUAUCUUCAUAUGCUGUCUGCUUGUUAUACAUUAAAAAAAAAUCUUGGAUUCCAAA